AAAUUGAAUGAAUCAAAUAUCAUAAUUCAGAACCAAUUCAAAAUAAUAGAUUAUUGAAAUUGACAGCGUCGGCUAACGUUUGGCAUAAAUUUACUUUCACUCCAGAGUGUGGUUUGACAUUCACGAAUUUAGAUAGCAAGUGAUCUAUAAAGUACUUUAUUACGGCCACAACUUGAUAAAAAGUGAUAACGUCACCAUCGAGGUCAACGCGACGCGAUAGCAACUUCAGAACGAUUCUCACAAUUUAGUUGUCUCAAAGUUUCCAUACAGUUAAGACGUUACAAUGGCGAGUGGCAGAAUUGUAGUUUACGGCGGCCGUGGAGCACUCGGCUCGGCUUGCGUUAAUCACUUCAAGAACGCCAACUUCUGGGUCGCCAAUAUCGAUCUCAGUUCAAACGACAAAGCUGACGUGAACAUCACCGUUCCUAAAGAGGGUACCUGGCUCCAACAAGAGGAGCACGUUGUGAACGAGUUGGGGGCUGCGUUACAAGGUCAGAAAGUGAAUGCUGUGAUUUGCGUAGCUGGAGGCUGGGCUGGCGGUAACGCGGCCAAGGACCUGAGCAAGCAAGCUGAUUUGAUGUGGAGGCAAUCUGUAUGGAGCUCGACUAUCGCGGCGACGCUAGCGUCAAAAUAUUUGGCACCAGGCGGUUUGCUUGCACUCACAGGAGCUAAGGCAGCAUUGGAAGGCACUCCUGGUAUGAUUGGUUAUGGAAUGGCUAAAGGAGCAGUUCACCAACUCACAAAAUCCCUUGGUGCUAAAGACUCUGGCUUACCAGACAAUUCUCUUGCUGUAGCAAUAUUGCCUGUUACUUUGGACACUGAAAUGAACAGGAAAUGGAUGCCUAAAGCUGAUUUUGGUACCUGGACCCCCUUAAGCUAUGUUGCGCAGCUGUUUGAUAAAUGGAUCAAGGGUGAAGACAGGCCUGUCAGUGGAAGCUUAGUAGCGCUGGUCACAAAGGACAAUGUCACUGAACUUAUUGUUCAGUAAUCCUGAUAUUAAAGAAUAACUGAAUGGAACUAAAGGUUCUGAGAAAAGGCCAAAAAUGACAAAAGUAUUGCAAUAUUUAAAAACAGAGAUUAUAUGUAACUUAUGUGAUUAGGAACAAGUUUUUUUGCCGUGAAUGUCUUUCCAUUAGUUUGUAAUUAUUGCUCAGUUUUAGAGCUUCUGUCUGAUAUUGUUUAAUGUAAGUUAAAUAGGGGAACAAUCUCAUAUUUAUUAAUGUUAAGCGCAAAUAUAUGAAUAUAUUAUCUACUGUGUACUUUGAAUAUACAAGUAAUAAAUGUUGUUUGGGCAUUA